AUGCGAAGUGCCAAUGCCAUUGCAAUUGAUUUUGGAUUUUUUUUAUUCAUUAUUCAAACAGAUUUUACUUUUGAGUAUGUGCAAAGAGAAGCUCUCAGAGUUCCCCUUAUCUUCAGAAAUAAGGACGGACUGGGAAUUAAAAUGCCUGACCCGGAUUUCACCGUCAGAGAUGUGAAGCUAUUAGUGGGAAGCCGACGGAUAGUGGACGUGAUGGAUGUGAAUACCCAGAAGGGUGUUGAAAUGAGCAUGUCUCAGUUUGUGAGAUACUAUGAAACACCAGAGGCCCAGCGUGAAAAACUCUACAAUGUCAUCAGCCUGGAGUUCAGUCACACGAAGCUGGAGAACAUUGUCAAGCGCCCCAAUGUGGUGGACUUAGUCGACUGGGUGGAUAAUAUGUGGCCACAGCAUUUGAAGGAGAGACAGACGGAUGCUACCAAUGCCAUUUCAGAGAUGAAAUACCCCAAAGUGAAAAAGUACUGUUUGAUGAGCGUGAAAGGAUGCUUCACUGAUUUUCAUAUUGAUUUUGGUGGCACUUCAGUGUGGUAUCACGUUUUCCGUGGGGGGAAGAUCUUCUGGCUGAUUCCGCCUACUCUGCAGAAUCUAGAACUUUAUGAAGAAUGGGUUCUCUCAGGAAAGCAAAGUGAUAUCUUUCUGGGAGACAGGGUGGAACGAUGCCAAAGAAUUGAGCUGAAACAAGGCUAUACGUUCUUCAUUCCUUCAGGGUGGAUACAUGCGGUUUAUACUCCAGUAGAUUCUCUGGUGUUUGGUGGAAAUAUCCUGCAUAGCUUUAAUGUUCCCAUGCAGCUUCGCAUCUAUGAAAUUGAGGACAGAACAAGGGUGCAUGCCAAAUUCCGUUAUCCUUUCUACUAUGAAAUGUGCUGGUAUGUUCUGGAGAGAUACGUGUCCUGUGUGACCCAGCGCUGCCACCUCAGCAGAGAGUACCAGAAAGAAUCAAUGUUAAUUGAUGCAAAAAGAAAACGCAGCACAGACAGCUAUUCGUCAGAUUCGUGGUUAGACAUGGAUGAAGAAUCUUGUGAUGCUCAUAUCCAGGAGGAGAAGGAUGACGGCUUGGGUAAGAACUCCAGAUCCUUGGUGGAUGGCUCCUCCUCACCCAACAGCACGCACUCGGAAGGGAAGGAGGGUGCAGGCAGAAAACAAAAAGCCACGGUAAUGAGAUACCUGAAAAGAACUUUGUCUAAUGAGUCAGAUGACAGCGGAAAAUCAACGACCCCCACGGACUAUCCCAAAACGCCAACGGGGUCUCCAGCUACAGAAGUUUCAACCAAAUGGACUCACCUCACAGAAUUUGAACUGAAGGGUUUAAAAGCCCUGGUGGAAAAGCUUGAAUCUCUCCCAGAGAACAAGAAAUGUGUUCCAGAAGGCAUCGAAGAUCCACAGGCUCUCCUAGAAGACAUGAAGAACAUCCUGAAGGAGCAUGCUGAUGAUGACCAAAAUCUUGCCAUUUCGGGUGUCCCUGUGGUCAGCUGGCCCAAGAAGACCGCAAAGAACAGGGCAGUUGGACGGCCCAAAGGGAAACUGGGCGCUGCUUCUGCGGUGAAGCUCGCAGCUAAUCGGACAACCGCGGGAGCACGUCGGAGGAGGACGCGAUGCCGCAAGUGCGAGGCGUGCCUGCGGACAGAGUGCGGCGAUUGUCACUUCUGCAAAGACAUGAAGAAAUUUGGGGGACCUGGCAGGAUGAAACAGUCCUGCAUCAUGAGGCAGUGCAUCGCACCGGUGUUGCCUCAUACUGCUGUGUGUCUGGUGUGUGGAGAAGCUGGGAAAGAGGACACGGUGGAAGAGGAGGAGAGCAAGUUUAAUCUCAUGCUAAUGGAAUGCUCCAUUUGUAAUGAAAUCAUACACCCAGGAUGCCUUAAGGUGAAGGAAUCGGAUGGUGUGGUGAACGAUGAGCUGCCGAACUGCUGGGAGUGUCCAAAGUGCAACCAUGCAGGGAAAACUGGAAAACAAAAGCGCGGACCUGGAUUCAAAUACGCAUCAAAUCUCCCGGGCUCAUUGCUGAAGGAACAGAAAAUGAACAGAGACAAUAAGGAAGUAACGGAUGCUGCAAAACGGAAAGGGGACUGUGAAGAAAGUCCCAGGCGGAAAUCAGAGGAACAUUCCAAAAAGGCUCAAGUUGACUCAAUACUGAGGAGAAAGUCUGACGAAGUGCAUCUGUGGAGGAAAAGGAAAUUUGAGAAAUCCCAGGAACCCACUAUGAGAAAGCGGCUGAUACUUGGACAAGAAGACAAACUCUUCAGGAAGAAGCGGCGAUCGUGGAAGGCUCCAGAUGACCGAACUGCCAUGAUCAAGCCCCUGCGGCGCCUGAAGCAGGAGCCGGAGGAUGACCUGCCAGAAGCACCUCCCAGGUCCAGGGAUAGCGACCAGUCCCGGUCCAGCUCGCCCACUGCAGGUCCCAGCACAGAGGGCGCCGAGCCCAGGGAUAAGAAGAAGUUCAAGAUGAGGCGGAAAAGGCGCCUUCCCAAUAAGGAACUGAGCAAGGAGCUCAGCAAGGAGCUUAACCAGGAGAUCCAAAAAACCGAGAACAGCCUUGCCAAUGAGAAUCACCAACCCAUCAAAUCUGAACCUGAGAGCGAGAACGAGGAACCUAAGCGUGCUUUGAACAACAGCGAGAGACUCCAUAGGUUCAGCAAAGGGUUGAACGGGACUCCCCGGGAGCUGAGGCACCAGCUGAUCCCCAGCCUGCGAAGCACACCUCGGGGAAUAACCCGGCCACCGCCUUCGCUCUCCCCUCCCAAAUGCAUUCAGAUGGAACGGCACGUCAUCCGGCCGCCCCCCAUCAGCCCCCCUCCGGACUCGCUCCCCCUGGAUGACGGGGCAGCCCACGUGAUGCAGAGGGAAGUCUGGAUGGCUGUCUUUAGCUACCUCAGUCAUAGAGACUUGUGCAUCUGUAUGCGAGUGUGCAAGACCUGGAACAGAUGGUGCUGUGACAAAAGAUUAUGGACCAAAAUAGAUUUAAACCAUUGUAAAUCCAUCACUCCACUUAUGCUUAGCGGCAUUAUUAGGAGACAGCCUGUAACCCUUGAUCUCAGCUGGACAAAUAUAUCUAAAAAGCAGCUGAGCUGGCUGAUCAACAGACUGCCAGGUCUUCGAGACCUGCUGUUAUCAGGGUGCUCGUGGAUAGCAGUGUCGGCACUUUGUAGUUCCAGUUGUCCUUUACUCCGCACUCUGGACGUGCAGUGGGCAGAAGGCCUGAAAGACGCACAGAUGAGAGACCUCUUGUCGCCGCCUACAGAUAACCGGCCAGGCUGCAACGGGUGUACUUUAGAGAGUAUGGAAACACUUUCUUCCAGUUCAGGGAAGGAGCAGUUCUGUGGGUCAUGCCACAUUCGCCCGGAUAUCAGCUCAGACUGCAAUAAGGUUACUGAUCAGUGCCUGUCUUACUUCAAACGUUGCGGAAACAUCUGCCAGAUCGACCUGAGGUACUGCAAGCAAGUGACGAAAGAAGGCUGUGAGCAGUUCGUUGCGGAGAUGUCCGUAAGUGUUCAGUUUGGGCAAGUGGAAGAAAAACUUCUGCAAAAACUGAGUUAG